AUGUCGCCGUCCAGGGCUGAGAUAAUAGACAGCCACCCGAUCGGGGACCAGCUGGAUAGGUUCCGCGACCUGUAUAGCAUCUGCCGGCCGCCGUCUGGGCCUGGGAGAUCCGUCUCGGGUGAUGCAAGCGACGUGCACGCCAAAGACAUCAAGACCAAAGUGUUCGCCUUUCUCGUUGCCUUGACGACUCUUCCUGUCUGCCAUGAGCUACCGUCUAGAAAGGGCGCUGGCGCCCUCUACGUAGACGUCCUGGGGCUUGCCGCCAGCUUUGAAGUUGAGUCUCUCUUCCCUCUGCUGAAGGCAGUCCGCGACAGGGAGCCCGAUGAGACUAUAUGGAACAAGGUCUACGAGGCCGUUACGGAGUCGACGCCCCCCCCACGUCCGCCGCCACCGUCUUUCCAACAGACGCCAUGGGUCCGCAACACAAGCAGCUUCGCCAACUCAAACGAAUAUCGAAAACACGUGGACGGGGUUCUAAAGGAGGAGCUGGGUGAUAUAUACGUUGACAUAACGGGGUUCUACGAUACCUUCUUUGGAGAUGUCCCAGAGUUGCAGGCCAGGGCGCAGGCGGUCCUCGAAAGAUGCAUGGAGGGGGAGGACCCGCUGUACCGCGAGGGGAUAGGUUGGAGAGCAUGGCCCGAGGACACGAAGGAGGCGCCUGUACUGGCCUGGCUGCUGGAGGUUAUCGACAAGAUCACACAAUUCUUCGAGGGUUGUGUAUCCGGCAAGCCAAUCCGAAGAAGGCCGCUGGCUCAACCUCACAAGCCGAUACAGGGCUCUACGGCGGAGCGGAAGCUGGAUGUUGGCUUUAUGGACGGGACUGAUCCUCUCGAGGACGGCAAGUACGCCUGGUCUCAGAUUCUUGUUCCAGGAGAGCUGAAGAACGACCCGGGCUACGACACCCAGUCCAGGCUUGACCUAGGGAGGUACGCGAGGGAGGUAUUGGCCGCUCAGGACUCUCGCCAUUUCGUGCCCGGAUUUACUCUCUGCGGGCCGCACAUGAGGCUGUGGCACUUUGACCGUCUUGGAGGGAUUGCGUCGGAGCAGUUUAAUAUUAACGAGGAGGGCCUUCGAUUUAUAUCAGUAAUCCUUACCUACCUGCUAAUGGAUACGGAGCAGCUUGGGUUUGACCCAACAAUAGUCACUACUGACGUCUCGCGCUAUAUUAAGAUAGAGCGGGACGGUAAGGAGGAGCACCUGGUUAUUGAUAAGGUAUAUGGCAGAGAUAACGACGUCCGUAACGGCGUCAGAAAGGGGCUGGACAUCACAACGGCAAGCAACUACAAGCCAGCGGGCUCCAGGCCUCCGCCGCGCAGGAGCGGGUCUCGCAGGGGGAGGAGUAGCGGAUCCCGGAAACGUUCGUCCACCUGUGUCGAGCCAUCGCUGCCACCCAGCAAACGCACACAUCCCGGCCCGCUAUCUUCUACUUCCAACCGUGUCCAUCGCCGUGUUGUCGUUCAAGACUACGGUGAGCCGAUAUAUCGGGCAAGUUCACGGGUUGCCUUGCUCGCCGCGUUAGAAGGAUGCAUCGAUGGGUACGGGUCCCUCUAUCAGCAGGCUGGCAUGCUUCAGAGCGACAUAUCCCCCAACAACCUCUUGAUCAAUGAGGAUGCAAGGAACACGUCUUCCUGGACCUCAUUCCUGAUCGAUCUAGACCUUGCCAUCAAGGAACAGAGGGACGGCGCCUCGGGCGCGCGGGGGAAGACGGGCACGCGGGCGUUUAUGGCGAUCGGGGUCCUCCUGGGCGACGAGCAGCACUCCUUUAUGCACGACCUCGAGUCUUUCUUCUGGGUUCUCUUUUGGAUAUGCAUACAUUACGAGGGACCGACGGAAAGCAAGGCUAACGAUCUGUUCGAGAAGUGGAACUUUAUGGACACGGAGGAGCUGGCGAAGAUGAAACUGGGAACGGUAACCAAGGAGGCCAUCUUUAUGAAAACCGCCAUGAGUAACUUUACGCCUUAUUACCAGUCGCUGGUUCCCCAUGUCAACAGGCUACGGAGGGAGGUAUUCCCGGCGGACAAGCCGUGGGAGAAGGAAGAUAGAGAGCUAUACUCGAGGAUGAAGAAGAUCUUGCAGGAUGCGCAGGCGGAUCCAGAGGUCCUGUUUGAGGAAGUAUAA